AUGACUGAUAAAAAAGCACAAGGUCAAAAAGGAGCAGGAAGUGCAGUGAAGGUGAGGCAUAUACUAUGUGAAAAGCACAGUAAAGUCAGGGAAGCUAUGAAAAAAAAACUCAAGUCUGGUGUUCUCUUCAGUGAAGUGGCUUCAAAGUACAGUGAAGACAAAGCCCGGCAAGGUGGUAACCUUGGCUGGAUGACCAGAGGUUCCUUGGUGGGUCCUUUCCAAGAAGCAGCAUUUGCUCUCCCGUUAGCAGUAUGGGCAAGCCUGUAUACAGACUCUCCAGUCAAGACCAAGUUUGGCUACCAUAUCAUAAUGGUUGAAGGAAGAAAAUAG